AUGACCGCCUUGCCAACCCCCGAGCGAAUCAUGGAGCUCGCUCUCACAACAACUCCGUCUGAGGCGUCGGUCGCGACUCCGUCGCCCGCCGCCCGAAAGAAGUGCGAUGUCCUGCUUCUCAUCAGCUCCGCCGCCGCCGCUGGCUACGAGCGCCGCCGCCGCGCGGUUCGCAGGACCUACCUGACGGCCUUGCGUGAGCAGCAGCUGCAGGGCACGGUCGAGUAUCGCUUCCUCCUCGGCGAGCCGCCGACAGCGGAAGAGGGCGCGGCGCUCGACGCCGAGCAGGCCGAGUUUGGCGACCUGCUGCGCGUCUGCGUGCCGGAGAGCUACGAGACCAUCUUUGCGAAGGUGGUCGCCGCGUGGCGCUGGGCCGUCGCCACGCACGACUUCGCCUUUUGGAUGCACGCCGACGACGAUUCGUACGUCCGGCUCGACUUGCUGCUCGGCUGGGUCCGCUCGCCGGCCGCCUCGCCGCAGGAGGGCGUGUACGCGGGGUACCUGUGGGACGGCUCCGACGGGCGGCGCACCAAGCCGCUCCGCGACCCCGCCCAAAAGUCGUACAUGCCGGUGGAGCAGUGGCCGCACGACUCGUACCCGCCCUUUGCGUCGGGCUGCGGCCAUCUGAUCGCGUGCGACCUGGUGGGCAAGCUGGUCGAGCUGUCGCCCUCGAUGAGCUUCUUCCGCGGCGGCGUGUUCGACGUCGCCAUCGGCACCCGCCCCGCCCGCCCCGCCCGCCUGUUCCUCCACCAACUGCACCGCCCUUUCCGCCCGGCAAAGCCCCAACGCCGCCGCCGUAUGUUGUCCCCGCGCAUCGUAGGGAUCUACCUCGCCCGCCUCGCCGCCAGCGGCGCGGUUGCCAACCUCCGGCUGGUGCACAUCGAGGGCGUGCGGCCGUACCGGCCGCUGCCGCUCUUCCGCAGAGAGACGCUCGUGCAGCACUACAUGCAGCCGGAGGAGUUCAGGCAGUUCCACGAGCGCGCCGUCGCGGCCGCGGCAGAGGCGGACGGCGGAGCGGGACCGGGAGGCGGAGCUGCGGCGCCGGAGAGUGAGCAGCGGAUUGCGGCGGUCUACGACCUGUUUGUCCAGGCAAAGGUGCUGCGCCGAUGA